GAGACCAGCAGUAGCCGGUGACGGAGACAAGUGACCUCCAUGUUGUCCCGGAAGUGAAUGAGACGGCAUCACGUCAGGCAGGGAACAACUUACAGGAGACGUAGACAGGGGGAGGCGGAGGCAGUGUACUCUCAACUCGGUUGGCUGGAUGGGGAAGGGAGAGUUGUGUCCGGGCACUGCAAAGCAGGAGCAUCCCAUCUCGGUAGAGCCAUGAGCGUCCCAUCCUGCCCAUUGUCUGGCAGCGAGGUGUAGUACAGCACCAGCCGGGGAUGCACGUCCUCCUGACGGAGGCGGAUCUGAGCUAUGGAAGGGGUUCUGUACAAAUGGACCAACUACAUCACAGGUUGGCAGCCUCGCUGGUUUGUUUUAGACAAUGGGAUUCUCUCUUACUACGAUUCACAGGAUGAUGUGUGCAAGGGCAGCAAAGGCAGCAUUAAAAUGGCUGUUUGUGAAAUUAAAGUUCACUCGACAGACAGCACAAGAAUGGAGCUGAUAAUCCCAGGGGAGCAGCAUUUCUAUGUGAAAGCAGUUAAUGCAGCUGAAAGGCAGAGAUGGCUGGUUGCCUUGGGUAGUUCCAAAGCUUGCCUGGCAGAUAACAGAACAAGGAAAGAAAAAGAAGUCAGUGAAACCAAUGAAUCUCUGAAAACCAAAAUGUCAGAACUCCGUCUUUAUUGCGACCUGCUAAUGCAGCAGGUUCAUACUAUUCAGGAAUUUGUUAAUCACGACGAGCACUGUCCAUCGCCUAGCACUGAGAAUAUGAAUGAAGCAUCAUCUCUGCUCAGUGCAACCUGCAAUACAUUUAUUACUACGCUAGAAGAAUGUGUCAAGAUUGCAAAUGCCAAAUUCAAACCAGAAAUGUAUCAGCUGCUGCCGCAUGAUGUGUCUGCCGUGUCUCCUUCUGCUGUUCAAAUGGUACAGUACAAGUUCAGCUGCAGCUAUCCUUUUUUUGCACAGUAUGAGAAGAAGAAGCGCUCCAUGAGUCACCCAGGCACUUACAUUUCUGAAGGGGGCAGCCAUUCCUAUAAGGAUUCUUCUUUCCAUCGGCCAAACCACCGACGGCGAAGCGCUUAUUCGGAUACAGAAACCUGUACUAAUGACGUGUUUUUAGAAGAAAUGGAAAGGCCUGCACAUUGCUUAAAGACAGGGAUCAAUGGGGAUUUGUCUCCAGCAAACAUCCAGGAAGUAAAUGGACAGAAGUCUAAGAAGCUCUGUGAAUCUGAGAAUUCUCCGGUGUCCCUUUUGUUCUGAGGAUGCAGAAGGACAUUUGGCUAUUAGACUUUGCAGGAGUACUGCUAUGCAAAGACUGCCCGUGCUAGACUUUUGUGAGUAACUGUCCAACCCGUAGAUGGAUUACGCUGCACUUUAUAUUAUAAUGGGACUUGACGUUGAAAUUUUAUCUUUGUACAGUUUAUUUCUGAGAGUAUUUUCCUACUAACCUUCACAGUUUGAAUGCAUAUUCUCGAUCAAAUAGCUGUUUUAUGUUUUGGAAUAUGCAAUUCUUUGUAUUUUUUUUAUGUUUAAAAAUGGCUGCCUGCAUAGAUCAGGGCUAUUUAGCCAGUUUAACAUGCACCAACAGCCAAAGAGUGCUGGGAGUUGUAGUUCAAAAGCAGCUGUAUGAGAUCCCUUGCUUAGAUCAGAUAUGGUUUAAAGCUGGCCACACACAGAUGGGUUUUGGCCUGUCCAUGGACCCAAAAGAAUGCUCUUCAGGACUCAAUCAGUUAUCAGAUAGGCUGGGCAGAUUUAUCCUGUGAAGAUUGCAUUGGGUCCUGGAUUGUUACCCUUGGCGAAUGGGUCCCCCCCCCCAUGGCAUCUGCUCAUUGUGCUGCGGGGUCAAGCAAGCCUGCCACUAGGUGGCCACAUCAGGCAAACAUGUAUUUGUUUGGUAAAGUUGCAGAAUUAGCAUAUUUUCAUGUAUGUCUGGACUUAGCAAAGAAAAUACACACAUGACGCAUAUUUCCACCCACACAAGACUGUAAAAUGUACUGUUUUUUUACACACAAAUACAAGUUGUACGUAUGGUUGUUGCCGUGUAUGCAAAACACACAUAA